AAAGGUUAACCCUAAAGAGAGCAAAGAGGGGGGAAUUGAGAAAGCGAGAGAAGAAGAUGAGUCAUCGUCAUCAUCAAGCUGUUGAUAAUCUGAUAAAUGUUUUAGGGAGAGCUUCUCAUGAUCUUAAUGAUGUUCAUUCGAAGCUCGAAAAGGAGUUCCAGCAGACUUAUACUGAUAAUGCGAAUCCGAUGAAGCUGAUUCAGAGAAUGAAGAAGUUGCAGGAAGAUGUGACUGUUCUUAAAGACCAAUGCUUGGAGCUUUUGUCUGCUAAACAGGAUUUGAUUGAUAAGGCACAGACGACACUUGUUGGAAAUUGCAGCCUGAUUCAGAAAAUGAAUGCAUCCUUGGGAGAAUCAACAAAUGGUGAUGCAGAUGAUGCAUUGGCUGAUUUUAAUCAGAUUAUCGACGAGUGGACAACACAAGUUAGAUCGAGAACAGUGGGGGAGAUAGGGGAGGCAGAUAAAGCAGACAUCAAUAAGAUGCUUUUCUCUGCUAUUGUUCAUACCAAUUGAGUAUGUUCAUUUUCAUGAUUAUGUUUAUAUUUACACAACCACUGCAUACAAUCAAAACUGUGCCCUAGAUUUUUGUAUCUAUGUAUUUCCUUGUGCUCGAGUUUUA